AUGGGCGCGCCUCUGUCCAAUCAGAGGUGUUUUGAAGGCCCCGGUCCUCCAACCUCCUUCAAUCUCUCCUCUCUCCCCCUGUCCUCCUCUCUGUCCCAAUCCUCCUCUCUCCCCCUGGCAUCCUCUCUCCCCCUGUCCUCCUCUCUCCCCAUGACCUCCUCUCUCCCCCUAGCCUCCACUCUCCCCCUGUCCUCCUCUCUCCCCCUGGCAUCCUCUCUCCCCCUAUCCUCCUCUCUCCCCAUGACCUCCUCUCUCCCCCUGGCCUCCUCUCUCCCCCUGUCCUCCUCUCUCCCCCUGGCCUCCUCUCUCCCCCUGUCCUCCUCUCUCCCUCUGGCCUCCUCUCUCCCCCUGUCCUCCUCUCUCCCCCUGGCCUCCUCUAUCCCCUGGCCUCCUCUCUCCCCCUGUCCUCCUCUCUCCCCCUGGCCUCCUCUCUCCCCCUGUCCUCCUCUCUCCCCCUGUCCUCCUCUCUCCCCCUGGCCUCCUCUCUCCCCCUGUCCUCCUCUCUCCCCCUGUCCUCCUCUCUCCCCCUGUCCUCUCUCCCCCUGGUCUCCUCUCUCCCCCUGGCCUCCUCUCUCCCCCUGA